AUGCAUGCACUAAAGAUUCGGACGUUUGGUUGGAACGUGGGUGGUGCUCCGUUGGAGCAGUUGCCCGCGGCGGUUGCAGAAAGCAUCGGGCCGCCUCCCAAGGAGGUUGUCGUGUUGCUGCAAGAGUGCCCUAGGGUUCGCCCAGGAUGGAAAAGUGAUAAGGUGCAGGGACUCACUGUGCUUUCGCAUCGAUGUGUGGAUCAGUGGCGUGGUUGUGGGGUGGCCUACAACCCUCUUGCUUGGUCCCCCAUCUCCAAGAAGCUUGCAGGAAAGGGAAUCUGGGUUCGGUUGAAACACUUGGCUACUGGUGAAGCGGUCGUCUUUGGAUCCGUUCAUGUGGUUCCGGGGCUUUCUCAGGUGGAGUAUGCAGAAGCUUUGCAAGCCUUCCUUGAAGGGAUGCCCACCAAGUGCAGGAGGGUUGUCGUUCAGGGCGACUUCAAUGCUCCUGUCGCAUGGGUUCAGCGUGCUGAGGGUGAUGAGGCCUCGGGGCUUGAUGGGAAAGCCCUUAUUGCCCUUGACCUGCUUGCUGGUAAGUCUCUCCAGCCCCUGGCACCGCUAAGGUCGCAACAAUUGCUCCCUACAAGCCGGCCUCGGCAAGCGGGUAGAGCAGGGUCGAGGAUUGACUUUUUCGCGAGCAAAGGGUUGCUUCAUGUGGAGGGACGCACACACGAGGGGUCGCAUCUCUUUCUCAACACUGACCAUGAGAUGCUUCAGGGGACCUUUGCAAUUCGGGCGGCGAAGACCUUCAGCAGACCGCAGACAGGGCCCAGAGUUUGGUGUGGGACUCUCAAGCAGGUGGACAAUCUUACAGUGGAGUCUCUCGCGCGUAUGGUUGUGGAGCACACUAAACCCAAACCCUCCUGUGCUUAUAAGGACCCGAACAACGUCAAACAGGCCUUCCGCAGAGCGAGAACCGCCAAGACCCGGGAGUCUUGGAAAGCAGCCCUGGAACUCCGGCGUCAGGCUCGUCGUGUGUGGGAGCGUGACCGCCUCAACAGGGCUUCGCAAUGUGAUUGGCAGGCUAUCAGGGAUAUCCGCCUUGAGGGUCAACUCUCGUGGGAUUCAGGGUUCACCGAUCAACAGACCGAGGAUCCGCACCAGGUCGUUGAGAGGCACUUCAAGGGUCUGUACAAAGGGACACCUACGAGUAAAACAGUGGUACAUGAUGGACCUGUUGUGGCCUUCACCAGCGAGGAAGUUAUCAGGGCUGUUGGUCAGAUGAAGUCCGGAAAAUCGGUUGGGCUGGAUGGCACUUGUAAGGAACUCUUCCAGGGGAUCAUCGACGCGAACGGGGGUGCAGCACACUUGGCGGAGUUUUUCACCCGAAUCUUGCAGCACAAAGAUAUCCCCGAGAACUGGAAUCAUGUCCUACUCGUGCUCCUCGCUAAGGUGGCCGCCCCCGCCACCCCAGGGGACUUACGGCCAAUCGCACUUGGGAGCGGGGCAUCCAAGCUCUUCGCCAGGUUGCUGCUCAACCGGUGCUUGCCCCGCCUGGGACCGCGGUCUCCGGCGCAGUGCGCCCGCAAACACAGGCAAACCGCGGACUAUGUCUUCAGCAUAUGGCGGGUUCUGGAAUUAUGCCGAGAAUGGCACCGGCCCAUCGCUUGUGUCAAGGUUGAUAUCCGGAAAGCCUUUGACAGUGUGAACAAAGCUAAGCUUAUCAGCAAGUUACGUGCCCGCCUUGGCGAUACUGCUGAAAUGUGUUGCUUUGAAAGACUUCUCCUUGACAACAAGGCUACCUUGAUCUCUCCGUGGGGUACUUCCGACUUCGGUCUCUUUACAGGGAUAAAACAAGGGUCGGUUGAGUCGCCGAGCUUCUUUGGGUUGCUCAUGGAAGAAGCUCUUGAAGAAACCUCGCAGAAGUUCUCCUGGGUCUCCAUUCCGAGGGUCUUUGAGGACUUUGUUCACGAAAACGCCUUAUUCAUGGAUGAUGGCCUACUGUGGGGUCCUUCGACUAGCAUUGUGGCAAAGAAGCUGGAACAGUUCUUGUCGGUGCUUGCGGGGUAUGGGCUCGUGGUGAAUGUGGCAAAAUGUCAGCUUUACUGCUCCCCGGAUGUGAUGGGCGACCGUACCAUGAGGGUCGAAGGGUCUUUACUUCGCAGUGUGGAAGCUAUUGAAAUCAUGGGGCUGUCUCUCAGGAAAGGCAUGACUGCCUGCGAACUUGUGCAACCGCUUCUAACGAGGGCUAAGAACAAGUUCUGGAGCAUCAAGCAUCUACUUCGCAGCAAGACUGCCCUUCCGGGACGGCUGGCACUUUUCGAGAGGGUGGUUGCGGGUGCAGGUCUUUGGUGCCUCGCGGCACUCCCACCGGAUCGAGCUGCAAUGGGCCUCCUCAAUGCCGUGCAGAACAUCCUGGGCUCCUCGCCCCGCCUGAUUUCCCUUUCGGCGACCUACGUCUUUUACAUGGCUGUGGGCAUGCUUCGCUCCUUGCGACUGGAGAUGCUCCUCUUUGCCGGCCUCCUCGUGAUGAGUUGGUGGCAAUUCUUCAAUGAUUCUAAGGGAUGUAUGACACCACGAUUGAUUACUACUUCUUCUUUCGGGUCCCCUCGGGACUACGUGGACCGCCUCUCAGCACCGGUGACGGAGACUCAGGCCCCGCCUGCGACUCCCUGGUUGUGGUUGGCCGCGCUCCAGCAACGGCCGGGCAUGAUGUGGCUGGGACUCGGCAUGGCACUGGACGGGCUCCCCGCGACCUGUGGGCAGCCACACCAUGUGUUUGGACCGUGGCCCCCCUUCUGGUACCACCACGCCAUGGGACAGAUGGGGACGCUGCAAGCCCAAGGGUGCGACAUGGGCGAACUCCUGACUUACCUGGAGCUCGUCAUUGCCUCCCGUAACGACAUGGAGUACUUCCUGUGGUUCGGGGACAUCCUGGGUGAGAUGGCCCUGUCGGUGCCGGACUAUGCGCGCACGGCCUGCCUCCCGCUUGUUGUCUCGGAGGCUGCCCAAACAUGGUGCCGAUAUGUGGAUCAACAUGGGCACGAAGAAUUUAUGAACCACCGUUACCCUGAAGAGCAAAUGGAGCUGGAAAGGAUUGCAGGGGACAGGGACACCUUCGAGGUUGAGAUCCCCAUUGAGAAUGGUGCAACCAGGGAGGAGGUCAUAAGUCGAGACUACUUCAACAUACGGCGGCGCCUCUCACCUCUGCUGGCACAGCUACAUGGACUAGGGGAGCUUUCGGCCUCGAGCUCUACACGGCCUCCCUUCGUGCGUGGACCGCGGCCCCAACGCGAAGUUGAUCCUCGCUGGACUACCUGGGAAUGGUGGACUCAUGACGCCCUGUUUGACAUCCAAGGAUGGAGCGUGGCCGGCUUUGGGACGGAACACCUGUACGACCUCCUCAGACUCCAUGUAACAGCCCGGCAAAGAGAGGGUUACACACGACAUGCCUUGGCCACCGUCGAUGACCUCCAACGCGCGGCACAUGAGUUCUCCUCGGUGGGGCCGGCUGCCCCUGGUGGACCAGAAUGGGCUGAAUUCAUGGAGACGGAGAUGUUCUGGUGCUGCUCCGGUAUCCCGCGUACCAGGCCCAGAACUCCGAGCCUCAGUGAUACGGACGACGAGGACAUGGAGCAGGAGGACUUCGGCGGCCUCUACCAGGUCGACUACAUGCUCCACGAGGAGUACCAGGCCGUGGAUGGGAAGGUGGACUCCCUUGAAGAGCACGACACUACGGGAUUUGUGCAGAAACGGGUUAGUAAGAAGUGGCUCUUCCCUCCGACAAGAAGACGAACGCGGAGACGGCGCACGGAACGUCAUGACAGCGGUGCAUCGUCUCGACCCCCACCUCGGACUACCACAGAGGUUCGUCGCCUACUACCUGAGGGAAGGGCUUCCAAGAAGACAAGGACAGAGACGCAGAGUGCUCCGCUCUGCCCGCCUCCGCCUCCCCCGCCAAAAACACCGCCACCAGCGAGAAGGGAGGAACGAUCCAGCGCCUCCUCGGCACCUCCGGCGGCACCUCUUUCUAUGGAAGAGGCAGUCGAGACUUGGAUCCUGAUGCUGGGCAUGGCAGGGAAUGAGGACCUGGAUCAGCAGCCCGGGGCGGUGCUCCCGCCCUACACCCUGGACAGCAUCACAGACACGCUGCUGUCAUUCGGGGCAAGGGACCGUUUGACUUUGGUCCUCGCCUUCACGCAGCUCGUUCAGAGGCUGAUGGUGAUAGUUGGCCGUACCUUGGAGGCCGCUGUCAAUAAGGAAAACAGGGAAACCACGGUCGAGGUUGAACCAGAUGAUGAGGAGGACGAGGACAACUUGUACAUCCAGACCUUCGUGAAGUACAAUGGUCACAGGGAGGGGCACGCGGCACAGGACGUGGACACCGUGAGCUACAUGAUGACGCACACCUUCAAGGGCCUAAAGUACCAAGCGAGCAAGUACACAGAGGAGGAUUGGGUCGAAUGCUUGUCCCAGCUCCACGAGGCGUUCCUGGUGCAGACCAAAGGGGCCCAGCUUUCCAACGCGAAGUGGUUGUUGAGACGCCUGCACCAUCGCAGCACGAAUGUUGAGAAAGGCUACCUUCUCGGCCAUGCGAAAGGAAGGGCGGCCGACCUCUUGGCCUUGCUGACGGUCAUUGUGGAGGACGCCUCGGGGGCCGAACCGGUGGAUGCGGGGGAACUGUGGUGCUUGGAAAGGUGGCAACAAGUGGAGGUCUACCUGCCAAUCAACCUCGGCUCUCUUGCAGCGUGUGGCCGGGCCGUGGAGACAUGUGAUCCCGAUCCGAUCUUGUUCAUGCGAGCCCUACCGGAAGACAGCCCGGACCCACCAAGUUCGCCGCAGUCGGCUUCGCAGCGCGGGUUUGCUGGCCCACCACCACCACAUCCGGUGUAUGAAACGGCCAUUGAUGCCGAGCUGUCCGAGCUCUUGGAGGAUGAGAAGGAAGCCCGACUCGAACGUGAACGAGAACUGCGCGAGCAAGAAUGGAUGGAGGAGGCAAGGGAGAGGGAAGUACGAGAGGAACUACGUCGUGAAGAACAUGCGCUCCAAAGGUACCAAGCGAUGCAGGCGAGGGAGUGGGAUGAUUGGGCUAUGUGGUCUGAAAUGCAUGGUGCCCCGGCUGUGGGUCGCAAACGUCCUGUACUCACGGUGGAAAUCGCCUCUGGCAGCAAUGACUUGCCUCGGAAGGCAAAGGUACUCAAGGUGCCCUUGCAGGAUGACAAAGAGACAAAAGUCUUGCUGGAACUCAAGGUGUCGACUGAGGUGUUGCGCGAGGAUAUGGACACCCAGCCUCUUCCCCCUCGUGCUGAAGAGUCUGAGCCAGGAGAGAAGGGGUCUGUGGACACGCUGCACAAGGGGCUGCUUCCGGCUUCUAGCGAGGCUCCGACUGUCAUCCUGCCAGCUGAGGGUGCGACUCGGGCUGACCUACCGCAUGGGCUGAGCAUGGAGAGUGAUGAGACCCAGGUUGGCAUCCCGCCGGAGCUCACCAUGGAGGACUUCCGGGUGUUGUUUGCGCAAUGGGAGCAAGGUGAACUUACCGACCAACAGGUUCAUGCUAAAUAUGGUGCCGCCCUUCUUGAUCUCUUCCAGACCCAGCACAUUGCCUACAUGGAAAGCCGUGAAGAAUCCACCCUGGAUUUGUUAGGGAUCCAUGCUAUCGCUUCGAACGAGGGUGUGAGGGUUGCUCCUGAAGGGCUGAACAUGGGCAAGAGUGACGAUGGGACUCCGGAGGUGGAGAAGUGA